AUGCCUCAUUUACAAACAUUACGUCUUUGGCGACCAGAUGAUUUUCCUUGGACAUCUAUUCAACCGCGUUAUUAUGAAGCAGAAAAAAGCAACAGAAAUCUACGUUUAAUUCUACAAUGGCUUCGAUCUCUAAAAACACCGAAAUCGAUUGCACAGCAUGUAAUCGUUUUUGAACAAGAUCUUUGUCAGCUGGUCGAAAAAUUAAAAGAAUUUACUUUUCUGGAUAUUUAUGGCGAAAUUCAUAAAGAAAAAGUUGAACCUUAUCGUUUAAUGGCUCAAACUCGCUUUCCUAAUAGUCGAAUAAAUGUUGAAGUAUCAAGAUUUCGUCUUUGGUUGUAA